AUGUCACGUAAUAAAUUACGUGAUGAAGAUAUUCUUGAAUUAUUAGGAGAUGGUAGAAAUUCGGAUUUAUCAGAUUUCUCUGACGAAGAGGACAUACAUUUUCAAUCCGAAGAAUUUAAUCGUUUUAUAGAGAAUUUUGAUUUUGAUUUGCAAAGUGAUGAUGAUUUUAUACCUACACAGGAUUUGCAAGAUGAUGAUGAUUUUAUACUUGCACAGGAUAUUGAUGAACAUGAUAAUGUUAUUGAUGUUGUGCCAGAUUCAAUCACAGAUCCAUUUGAUAACCAAAAUGAUUUUAUGCCAGCGUUUGUUGAUAAAAGAAGUAUAAAAUGGAAAAAACAGCCUUUUGUACCUUCGAAAAUUAGUUUAGAAGAACUUGAAGAACGUCAUUUUCCCGAAGAAAUACCAACACCACUAGAUUAUUUUAUGAAAUAUAUUCCAGACAAUGUGUAUGAUGAGAUGGCUACAUAUACAAACACUUAUGCACAACAGAAUGGUAAAUUAACUUGGAUUGAAACAAACUCCAGGGAAAUGAAAAUAUUUGUUGGUGUUCAUUUACUUAUGGGGGUGUUUGGUCUACCACGAAUACGAAUGUAUUGGGAACAAAAGUCCAGAAUAAAUAUUGUUGCUGAAAAUAUUACAAGAAACAGGUUUUUUGAGUUAAGGUCAAACUUUCAUAUUAUGGAUAACAACGACAUUCCAAUAAACAAUAAAGAUCGUUUUGUAAAAGUAAGGCCAAUCUACAAUAUUUUGCAAAAAAGAUGUAAUGAAUUACCUGUCGAAAAAAAUGUGUGUGUCGAUGAGCAAAUGGUGCCGUUUAAAGGUAAACUAAGCGUAAAACAAUAUAUGCGUGGUAAGCCAAAUCCCUGGGGAAUUAAGUUAUAUCUUAUGUGUGGCGAGAGUGGUCUGGUGUAUGAUUUUCUUCUUUACCAAGGAUCUACCACUGAACUAAAUUGUAAUAUACAAAAAGUAUUUGGUUUAGGUGGUGCUGUGGUUUUGAAACUUACCAUGCUAUUAAAAAAAAACCGUCAUUUUUUGUACAUGGAUAACUUUUUCACUUCUUUCAACUUAUUACAUGCACUACAACAAAAUUGCAUAUAUUCUGCAGGCACAGUUAGAGUUAAUCGGUUUGCAAAUCCGCCUUUUAUCAGUGACAAAGAACUAUCAAAAAUGGGUCGUGGAUCAUCAUUUGAAGUGAGUUCUAACAUGCCUAAUAGUAAUAUUGGAUUAAUCAAAUGGUAUGACAAUAAGGCAGUGGUAUUAGGGUCUAAUUUCAUAACCUCUGGGGUUCCUGAUGACAUAAAAAGGUAUGACAAGAAAGAAAAAACUUACAUUAUGGUAAAUAGGCCAGAAAUUGUAAAAUGUUACAACCAGUCUAUGGGAGGAGUAGAUAAGCAUGAUCAACUUGUAAGUUUUUUCAGAACAUUUAUUAAAUCUAGAAAGUGGACACUGAGAAUGAUCACACAUGCCUUUGACAUGGCCUGUGUAAAUAGUUGGUUGGAAUACAAAUUAGAUUGUAAACAUAUUGGCAUUUAUAAAACAAUGGACCUACUGCACUUCAAGGAAAGCUUAGGUGAAACCCUAAUUUUAGUAGGUAAGACUUUUGUAAAGAAAAGAGGUAGGCCUAGCAAUAGUCCAUCACCAUUAUCAACUCCAGUUCGAAAACGACUCAGGAAUAUUGAUCAAAGACCAUUUGAAGAGGUACGAUUUGAUCACAUUGACCAUUUACCAACAAAUGACAAUAGUAACUACCCUGUUCGCUGUAAAAAUGAGGGGUGCAAGCUACGAAGUCCUGUAAAAUGUACUAAAUGUGGUGUUCAUUUAUGUUUUACUAAAAGAAAUGUAUGCUUCAGAUUGUACCACAUCAAAUAA